AUGAGUGCUUAUAUUACAAAAUUAAUUUUACGAUUAUUUGCUAGUGGAGUGUUACCCGCAAUACAUGAUAUAGUUCAUCCCCCCGCACCAUCAAAUAACACAGAUAUUGGUUUAACAGUGCCAGAAUUAAUAACAAAAUACGGAUAUCCGGUAGAAACACAUUCUGUAGUAACUGAAGAUGGAUAUAUUUUGGGCGUACAUCGAAUACCAAAUGGAAAAAUCGAAAAUAAUAAUUAUACCGCAGAAAAGGAUAAUAACAUUAAUAAACCCGUAGUAUUUUUAAUGAUUGGAUUAUUAUGUAGCUCAGCUGAUUGGAUAAUUGCCGGGCCAGGAAAAGCAUUAGGAUAUUUAUUAGCAGAUACAGGAUACGAUGUUUGGAUGGGAAAUGCACGAGGUACAACACAUUCUAAGAAACAUAUUAAGUAUAAUCCAGAAACAGAUGCAGAAUUUUGGAAAUAUAGUUGGCACGAAAUGGGUAUAUACGAUUUACCAGCAAUGAUUGACUACACUUUAAAUUAUACAAACUCCAAGGAAAUUUAUUAUAUUGGACAUUCUCAAGGAACUACCUCGUUUUUUGUAAUGUGUUCUGAACGACCCGAAUAUAAUGAGAAAAUAAAAUUAAUGAUUGCGUUGGCACCUGUUGCAUUUAUGUCAAAUGUAAAAAAUCCAUUUUUACAAGUUAUGUCCAAAUAUAAUCCAGAAUUACGGAUUAUGGCUAAAAUGUUUGGAAUCAAUGAGUUUUUGCCAGAUACAAAAUUUACAACUUUUAUUGGACGUGUUAUUUGUAAUGAAAAAUCGAUGACAAGUGGAAUAUGUACGAAUGUAUUAUUUUUGAUUGCUGGAUUCGACUAUAAACAAUUAAAUCAGACAAUAUUACCAGCAAUUUUAUCAAAUGUACCAGCGGGGGCAUCCGUUCGACAACUGUUUCAUUACGCUCAAGGCGUUAAAUCAGGGAAAUUCCAACAGUAUGAUUUUAAUUUCAUAAAAAACUAUAAAAAAUAUAAACAAUUUUCACCACCCGAAUAUAAUUUAUCAAGAAUCACAGCUCCGAUAUCACUAAUAUAUUCAGAAAAUGAUUUACUAACUGCUCCAAAGGAUGUAAAAAUUUUGAGUACCAAGUUACAAAAUUUAGUUGAACUAAACCGGGUAAAUCAAACAUCUUUUAAUCAUUUAGAUUUUUUAUGGGCCAUAAACGUAGUUGGAUUAGUUUAUAAUCAUGUGUUCGAUUUAUUGCAAAAUUAUUAA